AGGAAGAAGCCGAAAGGCGGAGGAACAGGGCCCCUAGGGAAGAGGAGGACAUUUCUGAUAAUCCGGUGUAUGCGGGGGAGGCGUUUAUGACGGAUGGGGAAAAACGACAGGCUCGGCAGUUUAGGAAGAAGGAUGCUUAUCAUCUUCCUGAGCUUGAGAUUUCGCUGGAGCAGAUGGGUGCGCCGAAUGAUCCGCGUAUUAUGUCCCAUGAGGAGCUGGAAGAGUACGCGCAGCAGUUUUAUAGGGGUGAAGACAUUAAUCUCUACGACUUUUCUAAGAUCAACUUUGAUAGUCCAUUCUUUAUGAGUCUGCCUGCUACGGAUCGGUAUAACAUUCUCAAUGCUGCGAGGCUCAGGAGUCGACUGCGUAUGGGGUAUUCCAAGGAACAGUUGGACAAUAUGUUCCCGGACCGCAUGGCGUUCUCCAAGUUUCAAAUCGAGCGGGUGAAAGAAAGAAACGAUUUGACGCAACGAUUGAUGAACCUUAACGGCAUGAAUGGGGAAGAUGCUUUCUACAACUCAGGACAAAGGAUUGCGGGAGAACGCGGCAAGGAGUAUGUUCUGGUGAAAGACCCCACCAAUGAAGGUGGUUGGGUACUUGGUGUCGUUGGUAACAAGGACGAAGGCGGGGCUGAGAAGCCUAUUGAUGUUGAUCAGUACGGGCAGCAGCAAGUGCUUUUUGACAUGGGAGAGUCGGAUGACGAGGGAGGAUUUGAGGACGUGCCUAUUGAAGGCCUGAACAGACUUCCGAAGUUAUCAUUUCUUCAGAAAGGUGCUUUUGACGAAUCGAUCAAGGCUCGACGAGAGGUACCUGGCGCAGUCGAAGACGAUUCACUUUUUGUACAAAGCGACUUGGAUGAUCGUCGUGGCAUUGACAACAUUUUUGAGGACGGGAAUGAAGAUGAAGAGCUCCCAAAGGCAAUCGCCAUGUCGUUAGAAGCAGCUACAGAAGUUCAACAUGACCACGAUCUUCCAGAAAUCUCAGUCAAUCGUAGUGCUGCAGCACCGGCACCACUUAACGAAACAGAACCCAGUUUUAUGCCACCGGAGAGUGAUGAUGAGGAAAUGGAUUUCGCGGCUGCACUAGCGCAGACAAAACGACCGAAAAGAGAAGCACCGCGUCCCCUGCCUGCGAACCCGUUCGGGGGACCCUUACCGUUCGAAUCCAUCAAACUCAAGCCAAGUGCGGAGAAGCACCAGGUGGUUGGCGAAGAUGCAGGUGGCUUUGUGAAAGAACCUGCUCAGCCGGCAAAGGCGCCAGCCAAAGAGCAAUUGCCGCUUCCACCGUGGUUCUCUGAUGAACACACGAAUAUCGAGUUUGUCCCUGAUAAAGUUGAUGAUACUUCGCUGGAAGGCUACCGGGACAGCAUAAUGACACCGAACCAUCAGUCGUUGAAAGAUUAUCGGUCUCCAGAUGUCAUUGAUGUUGAUCAGAAACCGGAGGCUAAGGAGACGGAUUUCAAGGAAGUGAUCGAUCUUGAGACUCCAGCAGAGAAGGGAACUACUGAAACUACUGGACUCUCAACUGCGGACAAGGAAGAUGUUACAAAUGUGGCGCUGGAAGAGACUCAAAUUUUGCUGCCAAAAGAGGGCGUCGUUGCAAAAGAGCCUUACGAAGGACCUACGGAAAGUGAGAAGCCAAGCCCCGUUGUUCAAGGGGGCAUCGGACAAACAGAACCAUCUCCCUCACCAGAGUUUGAGGAUGUUGCAAUCCAGCCAGAAAAAACACCUAGCGUUGAAUUAGAGCCUCAGCCAACAACCGAGUUCAAUCAGCAGGAUGCCCUCUUUGUAGAAGAAGGGGACGAAGAAAGAGAACAACAGGAAACUGCAAUCGAUCUCGAGGAUGGAGACUUGAUGCGACAACUUGCAGCAGAAGACGAGGAGCAUGCUCGCUUCGCAGCCACACUGAAUCCCACAGCAUCUGGUCAGAGCGCUGCAGAGUACGAGCAGGAGCUUAAGCAGCUCCGCUCCCAGCAGAAGAGGGACCGCAGAGACGCAGACGAGGUUACACAAGUCAUGAUCUCGGAAUGUCAGCAAUUGUUGGCGCUUUUCGGGCUGCCGUAUAUUACCGCGCCUAUGGAAGCCGAGGCGCAAUGCGCAGAGCUGGUCUCGCUCGGCCUUGUCGACGGUAUCAUCACCGACGACAGCGAUAUUUUCCUCUUUGGAGGGACGCGCGUGUACAAGAACAUGUUCAAUCAGAGCAAGUUUGUCGAGUGUUAUCUAACAUCAGACAUGGAGAAGGAAUACGCGCUCCAUCGGAAGAAACUCGUCAGCUUCGCCCAUCUCCUUGGGAGCGACUACACAGAAGGCAUCCCAGGAAUAGGCCCCGUCACAGCAUUAGAGAUCCUCACCGAAUUCUCCGGUCUCGAAGAAUUCCGCGACUGGUGGACACAAGUCCAACUAGGCACAGACAUGUCCACAACCACCCAUCCAACCUUCUACAAGAAAUUCAAGAAGCACGCCACCAAAAUCUUCCUCCCCCCAUCCUUCCCCGACACCCGCGUGGAAGAAGCCUACCUUAAACCCGAAGUCGACUCCGACCCAUCCCUAUUCCAAUGGGGCGUGCCCGACCUGCACGGACUCCGGAAUUUCCUCAUGGCCACGAUCGGAUGGAGCCAGGAACGCACGGACGAGGUGCUGGUGCCGGUGAUUCGCGAUAUGAACAAACGGGAGCAGGAAGGGACGCAGGCUAAUAUUACGAGCUUUUACCGUGGGCCUAUGGGGGCGGGGGCUUUUGCGCCGAGGGUGCGGAGUGGGGGGAAGAGUCGGAUGGAGAAGGCAUUUAGUCGACUGCGACAGGAGGCUGCUACAGGGCAGCCUGAUGGAGAUAUCAUUGAUGCUGAUGUCGAUGUCGAUGCAACAUCGGGAGACAACCCUUCUCCACGUUCUGCUUCUCCUGAGCGUACCACCGGGCAGAAGGGCAAGGGAAAGGGGACCAAACGAGGAACCACUCCCACGCCCCAGGUCGAUGAUGCGAGUAAAAAGCGAAAAACCAGAAAAAAUGCCAAAAAGUGAUGCCUAGUGGUUGUGGUUUACACUGGGUUAGUGGGGUAGACCGAGAACUCCACCGGGUCUGGCGAAAGAGAUUUGAUAUCGAAUUGCAACAUGCGAACAGGGCGAGUGUUCCUGGAGAUCUCAGCGAUCAGUCGAUCAUCCGAUAUCUACUCUGUACAGCAAGCAGUACAUCCAGCAUAAUAUCUGUGCUGCCUUCAAUCUUGAGGUGUAAAUAGAACUAGUGUCUAAUUGACUUUAUGACGGAGU